CGCUGCCGCCGAGCCUCUGCUGUGCCAGGCGUUGAGGAGGGGUACCUAGAGGAAAAAUCAUCAGGGAAAGGUCCAUCCUGAGAGAAACGUCUCCGAGGAACGCUCUCUCUCUUGAAACCGCAGCGGGUGGCUGUGGCAAGCGCUCUUUAGAAGUGAUAGGGAGUCUCGCCUGGUCGGGUCUCAGUUUUUGCGCAUCUAUGAAACACUCUAUCAAGUGGCUUUUCCCGUUAUCUUCCCCCCUCUCUCAGACACACAGACUUCCCUUUUUGUUUCUUUCCCUCGUUUUCCUGCUACCCGUGCCCUGCUACACUCCUACCCGCGGCCAGGGUUAUAUCCCUGCCGUGCCCCGUGUCAGGCAAUCCCUGCCCAUCCCCGGUUUAACACCCCUCCGUCAGCGGUGUGAGGUUCUCUCCUUUGCUGUGGACAAAGAUUCUACAGAUGAAAGACAAAGGGCGUCAACCGCACGAGGACGGCGGCGCGGUCGCUCCCCACCCCUGGCCCAGAGCUGGGGCACCGAGUACCUGAGGAAACUUUUUUUUUUUUUUUUUUUUUUUUUUUUUUUUUUUUUUUUUUUUUUUUUUCAUAAUAGUUCUAAUAAUACUAAAUCCCCAGGACAGCUCCCUUUGGGGAGAAGCCGUGCCGGCGCGGCCGUGGGUGCGGGGGCUCGCUGCGCGCCCCGCGGGGCUCCGAAGGGCGGCGCGGAAGGAUGAGAGCCCAGCUGGUGUGCGUGGUGCUGCUGGCCCUGGCCUCCUGCAGCCUGUGCUCAGAUUCAGAAGAGGAAAUGAAAGCAUUAGAAGCAGAUUUAUUGACCAAUAUGUACACAUCAAAGAUUAACAGAGCAAAACUUCCAUACUGGAAAAUGACCCUGCUAAAUGUCUGCAAUCUUGUCAACAAGAUAAACAACCAAGUGGGGGAAACAGUAGAGGUAGAUGAGGAGGAUCUGGUUCCAGGAAGACAGUUCCCUGCUUCCCUGGAUGGCUUCAGCUUGGAAGCAAUGCUGACAGUGUAUCAACUCCAAAAAGUUUGCCACAGCAGAGCCUUUCAGCAUUGGGAGUUACUUCAGCAAGAUGCUUUUGAUCUAGAGAACUCAAGCCAAGAAAAGGAAAUCAUGAAGAGAAAAAAUCCCUAUAUUCUGAAACGGCAGCUACAUGUGAACAAAGCUAGAAGACCAUACAUACUCAAGAGAAGUUCAUAUUACUGAUGCAGCAGAAGAAAACAAUGUAUAUUUAGUUUAUAGGUAACUGUGCGUUAUGGUUAUCUUAUCUAAAUCUAAAAUCAUACUUGUGUGAAAAUAUACUCUGGAAAAUCAAGAUGAUAACAUAGCUGUGUCUUUUUUGCAAUUGCUGUUUCUUGAUUGUGAAUUUUUCCUACUUGAGAUGAAUUGGUCUAAUACAUUUGCAAAUAAAACUAGUUUUUAAGCAUGA